AUGACCCUGGCGGCCUCCGAGAGGUCACUGCUCAUCAGAAACAAGUUCCGCUCAGUGCUGCAGUUGAGGAUCCAGAACCGAAGGCAGAAUGAGAUCAAUGCAGAUCUGGGAAAAUCUACCAGUCCAUCUCAGAAAACAGAAGACGAAAAGAGUGAAGCUCUGCGUCUCUCUGAUGACGGUGCCACUCAGAAGUUGCCCCCUAGUGGUGUGAACGCUGAAACUGCAAAAGAGAGGAGUGUGUGUGGGACCCACCGGCACAAGAAGGCGCGGCAGGCUCCAGAGCUUGCUGAGAGAGUCCCACGUUUGUCUAGUACCACCGAGCAGCAGCAGGACCACCGGCUCCCCCUAGAGAACCGUAACGCUUGCUUCACCCUGCCCUCCGAUGUCUUCGAAGAUGACAUCUCCUCUUGCUCCUCCUCCUGCUCGCCCACGGAGCAGCACGGCACCCACCAAUCAGCAGCCUUCCCCUCGUUACCGCUGCUUUCGGGUGAACAGUUACUAAGUGACUUCUCUGCCGCGGGCGCACAGCUGCACCACAGCCCGGGUCACACUCAGUCUGGCUUGGCGUUGCUCCCGGCAACCGAGGGCAUCCGACAUCCUCUGAGCGUUACAGUGUGUGAACCUGGCGCCAUGGCAACAAGUGUCCGACCAAGUGGGCUGUACCUCCCCUCAGCGACCAUGCCCCUGCUGCCAAAGGCAGCACGGCCGUCCAGUCCAACCUGCACCUCCGCUCUGCCCUCCCUCGACUUAAACCAGAUGCCCCGUCCACGGAAACAGCGGGACACCAAACCCAAAAUGAAGAAGCUGAAAUAUCAUCAAUACAUUCCUCCGGACCAAAGAGGAACAUCUGGGACAACAGGGGCAGGAGCCAAACAGAAGAGCCCUCCCUCGACCCCGGCGUUAGACCCGGCCUAUUCCCAUUUAGUGAAACAGCAGCAGGUUUUCCUCCAACUGCAAAUCCUCCAAAACCAACAACAACAACAGCAGCAGAUCACAGUGGUGCCCAGUGGAGAUGCUGGUGAUCAGGUGAAGUCAUCUGGAGCUCUGCCACUGAACCCACAGCCGGUCCCUGCCACCACAAACCAGCCCCCUGCAGACCCCAAACCUGUGGCUAAGCCUGAGCUGCUGCCUGCUAACCUGGUGGACCUGACGGUGUCCGAGCUCCGACAGCAGCUGCGUAAGCGCGGCCUCCCAGUGUCUGGCACAAAGCCUGCUCUUUUGCAGAGACUCAGGCCCUUCCAGCUGCCCCAGCCGUGUGUGGGCCCCACCCCCCUCUGCCAGCUGGGCAUCGCCACGGAGACACUGUCCACGUCUCUCAGUCCAAACCAGAGCCCCAUCUCCAGUGCCAGCUCUGGAUCCGACUCUCCCAGCCAGUGCCCAAGUAAACACAUUUACAUCCACAACCGCAAAAUUCCUAAUGGGAUUGUGAGCGACGCUCCUGGUGGGAUCCUGAGCGAUAUCCCUAAUGCUUUUACAAAUGCCACUUCAGUCAGUCUGGCAGGUGAGCCCUGCACCGUGUUCUUGGCUCCUGCCAGCACUGCCUCAGGGACCCCCAGUCCCAGUCUGCCUAUGUCAUCGUCCUCACCCCUGCAGUGCGGGACCCCCUGGAGGACAGAGACUGAACAGCAGCAGCAGCAGCGAGAGGAGCUGAGCGUGGAGCUGGAGAUGAGGGAGCGCAUGAAGAGCAGGCCCAGAGACCAUUUAAACAACUCCAGCGAGCUGUCACGUGGGGGCGCUCUACAUCCUUUCUUGCAACAGGACUCAGGAUGCUUGACAGAAAAGCCCAGAAGUGAAGCAGAGUUUCCUCUCAUUUGUACACAGCUUUACUGCUGCCAGCCGUGCGACGUGAUUGGUCAGGAUUUUGAGUUGCCUGUGCAGAUCACAGCGAGCCCAGCGCAGUCGUCGCCCACAGUGCGAAGUUUAGAAGAGGAGCUCCAGGAGGCCAUUCAGAAAGCACAGAUGGACCCUUGCCAGUCAAUAGACGACAUACUGGAUGAGCCAAUCUCCUGCAAUGACUCUGUUGCUGUAUGCGAUGGCAAACCUUCGUCAGACACUGCCCCCAGCCACUCUCCUCUUCCUCAGAGCGAUCAGCUGCAGCCCAAAGAUGACAGCUUCCUCCCCUCUCCUCUCUGCUCCUCUUUGCUGUUGGAGAUGCCCCCUUCUCCAGCUGUGAUAUCUCAGGCUCAGGUAGUCCCCGCUCCUCCCCCACCCCCCCUCUGCACCUCGCCACUGCCUUCAAACAGAAAGUCACGAAAGCGGCGUGCUCCUCCUCCCUUCGACGCAGCCGAGUGGCUGGAGACGCUCACUUGCGGCCUGCUGACUCCACCCACUGCUCCAUUUGUAGAGCCCGACUUCAGCCUGGACUCGGACCUGAACGUCAAUCGGGUGCUGGAUCUGAUGAUCGAGCAGUGGUGA